AAUAUUCUCCGUGGACUCGGAGUUGAGCGGACUUGUUGCAACCUUGCAGCUGAAGCGGCGGAAAUGGAGGUGCAGUCCCCGGUAGCCGGCGUUGUCGGGAGCUCCGGCUCCGCCGCCGAGCUCGGCCGACGGAUGCUGGAAGCUGCCGAGGAAGCCGUGAGCAGGUGGGCGUCCCAGGAGGCUGCUGGGGAUGGAGGUUACGGCGUCUCCGAUCUCGCUGGGCUCGUGCCGGCGGUCAGGGAUCUCAUCUCCCUCGCCUCGAACGGCGGCGCCUACAGCCAACGCGCUAGGUUUGCUUUGGAGUUUGCAAUGGAACACCUUGAGGAUGACUUCCGUCAAGUUCUUAUUUCCAGCACAUACUUUCAUCCUCCUGACAAUCUCCCAGCUUCACUAUAUGACAGCAUUGCGCUGCCUGUCCGGUCCUUCUCUUUCUCAUCAAUAACCAACUUGGAAGCUGCCCGCUUAUCCUCAUUCACAACAAGCUCUGGUGAUGAUAGCCCAACAUACUCUACUGGACACAGCAGACAUUCUCUAUCCCUGGAGAAGGUACACCUGUAUCUCAUCGACCCUGAAGCUUCGAUAGUGCUAAAGGAUAUUGCUGAGCUUAUGAUGCUUGCUGGAUACGCAUCAAACCUUUCUCGUGUCUACGGUGAAAUCCGUAAUAGGACAUUAAUGCAGUGCCUAUGUCUGCUUGGUAUUCAAAUUGAGCUUAAGAGCUAUAAUCCAACAUCAGCUCCUGUUGAAAGUGAAUGCAAUAUGCAAUUAUAUUUAGACCAACAAAACAUGCAAAUGUGGAUCCAAGCUCUGAGAGUAAUUGUUGGCAUAGUAUUUCCUGAAGAGCGUCAGGCUUGCACCCAGAUUUUUGGGUCCGACAACAAGGUGGAGGUAGAUUGCUUUGCUAGUGCCACUACUCGUGUUAUUCAACAAUUACUUGCAUUUGGAAGCUUGAUCACCAAUGUGAAAGAACAAUAUGAGAAACUACCUUUACUAAUACAAAUGCAUGAUGAAUUUGUAAGGCUUAAACCAAGUAUGGAAGCCUGGUAUGGUAAUGCCAAGGAUGUGAUCAGCCAGGAGGCAGGCGUGCUUCUUGACAAGCUUAGGGAAGAAGCACUUCGUCUGCUAUUCAAGCUCUCAGAUGCACAGACCAACCAUGAGUCGUACGAAAGGAUAGUGCUCGAUGGCAGUGUCCUGCCGUUUCCUCAGUAUACCAUGGGUGUUAUCAAACAACUUGCUAGCUACAGUGACACACUCAAUCUUAUUUUACCAGUUGAGGUGGGUGGUGAUGGCACUGUGACUAUGAACCCCUGGAAGACCUACGUGCUCACGCUGCUCACUCAGAUGCAGUUAAAUACUGAUGACAAAUCCAAAUCUUACAAGGAUGAACGCCUACAGCACAUAUUCCUGAUGAACAAUGCAAUGUAUGUGCUUGAAAAGUCACGGUCUCCUGAUCUGAAGAUAUUGUUUGAAGACAGAUGGAUCACUGAACAGCUUACCCAGGUGGAACGGCACGCAACAGCCUAUCUCCGAGCUUCGUGGGCAGGAGCUCUGUUUCAUUUGAGUGACGCAGACUUCAGACAAAGAAACGAUCCGGCAGGAAGACUUAAGAGCUUCAAUUCAACAUUCAGAGAAAUAAGCAGGGUCCAGACGACAUGGAAAAUCCCCAACCCUCAGCUUCGACAGCACUUGCGCCUAGUUAUACUGCAGCAGAUUAUUCUGGCUUACCGGACAUUCCUGAAACGGUUUGGUAAUCUUCUGAAGGAUCCCUCAAAAUCCAUAAAAUACACUCCUGAGGAUAUAGAGAAUCAUGUGUUAGACCUAUUUGAGGGCUAGGAUUGGGUACCAAACAUGCAAGUCUCGUGCUAUCACGCACCGAGUACUGGAGAUUACAAGUGUAUUGAUCAACCUCUGGUAGAAUAGAACUCAUUCAACACAUUAAUGUGAAUAUACCUUUUUCAGAUAAUUUAAUGUAAUUGUGUAUAUACUAUGCUAUAAGCCUAUGGAUAGACUAUAUAUUAAUAUGUACAUGCAAAUCUAUGUUACAUAUGUUCUUGCCUGUACGUGGGUUUGUGA